UUUACUUCCGGGUAUUUCUCUGAUUUGUAACCAACCACGCUAAUCCACAUGUACUUCCUGCGAAACGCUUUGAUACAUGUCUCAUUUAGUAACGCAAUUGAAAUGUUGUUCUCAGCCAUUUCCCUUUUUAUUUAUUUAACUUGCGUGAAUGCACAACAAGGACAACAAAGCGACACACCAGAAUUUGCACCAGAGGAAAAAUACCUGGACAUUUUGCCCCUCGCACAGGAGAACUUUACAGACGUCGUUUUGAACAGCAACGAUCCAUGGAUUAUCAUUUUCCACGACGGUACCAUGUCCAUGGCAUGGAAGAAAAUGGCUGUCGGUGCCAGGGGUAUUGUUUGGUUAGGGAUGAUUGACAAAACAAAAAAUCACGAACUCCUUUCUGGCAUGGGUUACGACUCAGCCAAAGAUGGGGAAGCCAGAGUGUAUCCCUACGGGGGACUCCAACACAAGAAAAAGAAAUGGGUGUCAGUUAAAAAUCCGAAUGAUGCUAAGAUUGCUGCCAUCAAGUCUCUGCCAGACAAAACAUUAAUGAUGAAGGGCAAGGAUAUUCAAGACUUCCUUGUGGAAUGUUUCUCUACUUCACCUUCACGCUUCCCACUUAUAAUACUUUCAGACACUCAAGACACACCAUCCUUGUUCAAAGCCCUUGCAGUGAGAUUCCAGAAAUAUUUCAACUUUGGACGAUUUGUGGAUGCAACAGUCGAGGACUAUAGGUCUCUUGGACUUAGUCUGGAAGAUGACACAUUUGAACUUCCAGCCAUCUUGGUUCUAGUCCCAAAGAAACCUGGAAUGAUUGAGGAAAUCUCCUUUAAUGCUAUAGAGUACCGUAAAAAUAUUAUGGGUGCAAUAAAUUACCCAAAUGUCCUCCAAUUUCUUUUCGCUGUAAAUAACAAGUAUCGAUACUGGCUGCCAGGCAGUGAUAUGUCCUAUGUCAGGGAAGUUGCUGAAAUGGAAGAUAUUAUUGAAAUCGAAAACAGGAGAUUUGAUAUUUUGUUUGAGGGAAAAAAAGCAAAAAUUACUAAAAAGAAUGAUGAAAAUAAGGCACAAAAAGAAAAAUUGUCAGAACAACUACUUGAAAAGGGACUGAACAUGUUGAAGCAAGAAUUAUAGCUCUAUUGUAAUACAUACAUUUAAUACAUUCCAACUUUCUCAACUGUUAACAAAGACAAAGUCUUGGGAGGUACAAAAAACAUAUUUGUUUAAGUCUAAUUUUAAGUGUGAAUUUCCCAUUCAAUCUCCUGUUCACCAAAUAGGACGUUAUUAGAAGUCUACAGAUGAUAUAUAUUUUGCAUCAAAACUUUCCUGAACAGUUAUUUUUUUAAGUUUAGCAAGUUUAUACAUUGAAUUGUAAAGUACUGAUUAAAACCUAUUAUAUUCUUACAAGGCUCUCCCAACAUUACAUAACACUUAAGACACAAUUUUUUAAAAACUUUUUGACAAGCACGCUCUGACCCUCAGGUCAAAGGUCAAAUGAGUGCAAAACUUAAAUGGUCUGUAUUUUGUUAGAUACAUUGAUGAAAUUAAAAUAAAAACAUGCCUUAUGGAUGACCCAUGGGUGAUGUAUAGAAAUAGAUCACUGACUUCAGUCUCAAGGUCAAAAGUAAAACAUUGAAGUGCAAUCUCUUCCAUCCUCAUAACUAUCAACCAUGUUAAUAAUCUUGUAUAUAUAUUUGUAAAUAUAUUCUAAAUUAAUCAUUACCUUAAAUGUAUAUCCAGAAUCUAUAUUGAUAAAGUGAAGACAUUACUGGUAUUUAUAUGAUUGUUUAGCAAUGAGAUGUGAAGAUUUUUAUCACAGAGAGUAAGGCGAUUAUGUCUUAAUGUGCAUUUAUCAAACAAUGUUACAAAAGUUACAAAGUUAACAUUAUCUCAAACAUCGAAAAGCUAUUUAACAGAAUGAUUAGAUAAUUAAUGUUACUAGGACAUUAUAGUUUUAUAUUGACAAUUAUCAAAAUAUAUUUUUUCAUAUUUUUUUAAAGAAUUUAUUAUGGAAUACUCUAUCUUAGAUGGUUAUCACUUCUCAGUGUGGAACAUACUGUUGCCAUGAUAUUGCCGUCCAAAUUUUAUAUCUUUUUAACAUUUCUUUUUGUUCAAUACUUUAUUGAAUUAUACAACUUCGCUAGCCAAGGGUGCUCAAUAAGAUACUCUUCUUUUCCCAUGCAUUUCAGGAGAGUAAUGAAUAUCCCUGGUUAGAGAAUUUGUGACUUACAAUACAUCUUUUAGACAAUAAUGAAAGAACCAGCAUAAUUUCAUUGACAUAUUAUCAUAUUUUUUUUUAAAUAAAAAAUUUGAAUUUACAAAAAAAAAAACAUAACAAAAAAAACCACCCAGUUUAUAAUAUUUUUGCAAUAAAAA